CUCACCUACUCCUGUUUUUCUCGCGUCGAGAAACAGAAUCGUCCCAGCGCUGGUACUGCUUAUCUGUCUGCUGCUCUCCUCCUCGUCCCAGCACCGAUCUCCGUCCGAUGGCAAGGUAAACCUACCGCUUCUCUCCGGAAAAUGGCGACGCCCGCCGCCGUUGGCUUCUACUUCGCUCCUUUCCAAUUCAGGCAAGUUAAAUCACUCUCCUCCUCCGAUAAACCUUCCAUUUCCCUUCAUGCCCCUCUCGGGAUCUCUCCUCUGUCUCUCUUCUCCAUCUCGAAGAAUCCGUCCCGCCGAGAUGUCUCUUCCCGGUGCUCCGUGGACCCAAAUACUUUAUUAGAGGAGGAGGACGAGGCGGAGGAGGAGGCAGCUGAGAAGCGCCGGGAACUUAAUUCGACGAACUUCCCGUGGGACACGCCCACCCCCCGCGUUGAGGAGCUCUUCGACCAGUGCGGGGCUGAGAAGGAUGUCGAGGAGACAACAUUAGCAAGUACCUCUGUCACUGCUAAGGAGGAAAUUUCUAAUUCACUGAAGUUUUGCGAGUGCCAAAAUGGGAAACUAGCAGAAGAUGUUGCUGCAGUUCAGGGUGUAAAAAUCAGGAGGCGGCCACCAACUGGACCUUCUAAGCAUUAUGUUGGGCCUUUUGAAUUCCGCUUGGAAAAUGAAGGAAAUACCCCAAGGAACAUCCUAGAGAAAAUAAUAUGGGACAAGGAAUUGGAAGUGACAAAGUUAAAAGAGAGAAGACCUUUAAUCACAAUAAUGAAAGCCCUAGAGAAUGCUCCACCUGUUAGAGAUUUUAUUGGAACAUUGAAGGCAUCAUACGAACAUACAGGUAUGCCUGCAUUGAUAGCAGAGGUCAAAAAGGCUUCUCCAAGUAGAGGUGUGUUACGGGAGAAUUUUGAUCCAGUUGAAGUUGCCAACUCAUACGAGAAAAAUGGAGCAGCAUGUAUAAGCGUCUUGACCGAUGAAAAAUAUUUUCAGGGAAGCUUUGAGAAUCUUGAGGCUAUUCGCAGAGCUGGAGUUAAGUGUCCACUUUUGUGCAAAGAGUUUAUAGUUGAUGCCUGGCAAAUCUAUUAUGCUCGCUCAAAGGGGGCAGAUGCAAUCCUCCUGAUUGCUGCUGUUUUAGUUGAUCUUGAUAUAAAAUAUUUGACUAAAAUCUGUAGGUUGCUUGGCCUAGCAGCAUUGAUUGAGGUGCAUAAUGAAAGUGAACUGGACCGAGUAUUGGGCAUAGAGGGUGUACAACUAAUUGGCAUCAAUAACCGUAAUCUUGAAACAUUUGAAGUUGACAUUUCAAACACAAAAAGUUUGUUGGACGGAGAGCGUGGGGAGCUGAUACGCCAAAGGGACAUCAUUGUGGUAUCAGAAUCUGGUUUAUUUACUCCUGAAGAUAUUUCUUAUGUUCAAGAUGCUGGUAUCAAAGCAGUCUUGGUUGGAGAAUCUCUCAUCAAGCAAGAUGAUCCAGGUGGAGCAAUCUCUGGACUGUUUGGUAAAAGCAUAUCUGUGAGGUAAUUUUACAGGAGUUACUUUAACUCCAAGAUCGAAGAACAGGUUAGUUCCCUCAUUUACAAUUUGAUUUGUCUUCGUAUUUUCUACUCCUUUUGGUGUUCCUAUGUGAGUCUUUCCUCGACCAUUGAAGUGUAUUGUGCAUGUUUCAGCUUUUGAUUAUGGAUGUUUCUAAUAUCUGUCUUUACAUUUGGAAUCGAAGAGAAAAUAUUCUCUUAGUGCUCAUUGGGUGAGCUCUUCCUAAA